AUGCACUUUUUCGUUCGCCUUCUCCAGGCCCUUUUAGCCCUCUUUCUUCUCGGAAAUGCAAGUGCCGAGCAUACAUCGAACUGGGCUGUGCUAGUUUCAACAUCAAGGUUUUGGUUCAAUUACCGCCAUCUCGCCAAUGUCCUGUCCCUUUACCGCACUGUGAAACGUCUCGGCAUUCCCGACUCCCAGAUUAUUCUCAUGCUUCCCGACGAUAUGGCUUGCAACCCUCGCAAUGCCUUCCCGGGGACCGUCUACAGUAAUGCGGACCGUGCCGUCGAUCUCUACGGCGACAACAUCGAGGUCGACUAUAGGGGAUACGAGGUCACGGUGGAGAACUUCAUUCGCCUGUUGACUGAUCGAUUGGAUGAAGACGUUCCUCGCAGCAAGCGACUUGGAUCUGAUGCAGGAAGCAAUGUUUUGGUUUACAUGACAGGCCACGGGGGCGAUCAGUUUCUCAAAUUUCAAGAUGCUGAGGAGAUUGGCGCAUGGGACUUGGCUGAUGCGUUCGGGCAGAUGUGGGAGAAGAAGCGCUACCAUGAACUUCUUUUCAUGAUCGACACGUGUCAAGCCAACACGAUGUUUACACAUUUCUAUUCGCCCAAUAUUGUCGCUACAGGCUCCAGCGAGCUCGACCAGUCUUCCUACUCUCACCAUGCGGACAACGACGUCGGCGUUGCCGUCAUCGAUCGCUGGACGUACUAUGUGCUGGAGUUCUUGGAGACACAGGUAACCAGUGCCAACUCUAAAUUGACCCUGGGGGAUCUUUUCGACUCCUAUGACUUGUCAAAGAUUCAUUCGCAGCCCGGUGUCCGUUGGGAUCUUUUCCCCGGUGGCGAGCAGGAAGGUCGUUUGCGCACGGUAGUCGACUUCUUUGGCAAUGUCCAGAAUGUAGAGAUUGAGAAUGCCAAUGCCACCGACCCCGGAUCUCUCAAGGAAGACCUUGCUGAAAUCGCGCGACUGGUCGAGAAAUGGCGCAAGCGGGAUGCAGAGUACGCUGCUAUUAUCGGUAACUCGACGUCUCAGAGCACAGACACCCAGUCCUCUACUAUACGUUUGAAGUCUAAGAAGACAGUUGGCCCCACGAAAAUGGCCGACGAAAGCAGCUGGGCCAAGCGCCUAGUUGGGUUGUCCGUUGUUGGGGCGUGCACUGCCGCCUGGGUCGCUGGUACAAUACUUGGUCGAAGCGCUUGA